AUGGCUUCACUUGCAAAAAGUAUUGUGUUGACUGCCAUUGGUGAAGGACGUGUUUCUGUUGACAAAAUUAAGGCCUUCAUCCCGCGAGUUCCAAUGAAUGACUUAUUUCGAUUGAAAUGUGAAAUGGCAGUUGCUUUGAGAGAAGCGAGACCACAAGAUGUCCUAAUGAUGUCGGAAAAUCUUCAAGCUUCUGAAGAUGAUCUCACUUUUAUUAACAACAUGAUAAAAUGUGCUCAUAAUCAAAUCUCAAUGGAUAACGCGUUUUUGGCUUUGGGACUUGUUCCACCACUGCCUGCCACUUUUUGCUCCGCUGCUUCAAUUGAUAAUAACGCUGUAAAAAGUUGCAAAAACAAAUCCACAACACUACAUGCCAAAAUAUUACUUUCGAAAGAAGUAAGGUUCCAACUCACGAUGAAAUUUGAGAGAAACUGCGGGGUCUUCAGUAAAGCCGAAAUACAGACACUUGCCGAAAAGUACAAUAUGACAUGCAAGCAAAUCAAGCAGUAUUUCAGAAAUUUAAGAUUUCGGAGCAAGGGACACGACUCAAUGAAGAUGAGCAGCAAAUAAAUCGUCAAAAAUACACUUUUUUGUUUCUAUCUUUUAAGACAGUUGAAAACUGAAUACUUCUUUAUUUUAUUUAUUCAUUUUUCCCAGAUUGCUAUCAAACCAUUUCUUAACCGUUUUUAAUUAUUUAUUCAAUACAACUUUCCUGAAU